UACCUUUAGAUUAAAUUUGCAUUGCUUUUUAAUAUUAUACGAGUAAUUACGAAUUUUUAUUGGCACUGUAUUCGCUUUCGCGGGUUUUCCGAAACAGUAUCGAAUUCCUGUUAUAUUGAUUGUUCGUCCACAACAUGGCGGCGAGAAAUCCCUCGCCACCUCGUCUUUCCGCAGAAGAAAACAAAUUGAUCCACAGUGAUAGCAUAGGAGACACUGUUUUCAGUAAGAAAUGGGUGCUUCAGACAUUAAUGCAGCUUGUUGAGAGUGUGCGUGGUAAUGACGGUAAAGACGAGCCGUCGCCAAACACAGAUUCCUCGUGUGAUCGCGAAGAUUUCGAAGACUCAGAAGAACCUUUCGAGAAGGAGCUUUGCGAGCUGUGGGACAUGUCGAUGAAUGCUGAUGUUGCUAAGUUCUUACAAGAAGUGGAUGCCACAGAGUUUCUUCUUGAUGUCAUCCUCAAGUCCAAAAGAGCCAGAAUAACGGAAAUAUGUGUUGGUGUGUUAGGAAACAUGGCCUGCUGCCCUGACGUCUGUGUCAACAUGAUGAAGAACAGUGAGCUGGUUGAUAUCAUUACAGCUCUGCUGGAUGAGAAUGCAGAUACACCAAUACUUUUGGAGACAACAAGAAUGAUCCAUGUUUUUAUCACAAACAAUGACACCAAAGAAGAAUGGAUUAAAAGCUUGAAGAAAACAUUUCAAAACUUUAUCUUCAUCCUUGAAAACUCCCUCAACGUUGAACUUCUUUUAAACUGUGCGCAUGUUGUGGACUCUUCUUUUGAUAGCAGUGAUGAGUUAUUGAGUGAGUGGGUAGACUCACACCUUGUGACUGCUGUUUGUGAAGCUCUGAAGCAAGUCCAGUCAAAGCAAAUGCAAGCUGCAGAAGCCCUUCUUCAUAUUCUCCAGCUUGUGUCAACCCUAGAAAAAGGGGUUGAGGCACUAGUUUCUUGUCAGUCAAUCAUCCCAAUGCUUUGCCAUUUUAUUGCUGAGAGUGGACAUGACGAGGGAGGGAUCAUUGUGGGCCGAGAGCUUUCCCUUACAGCAUGUUUCUCUGUCCUGAAUGUAAUCCUCCUAGCAGAACCAGCGGAAGUCUUAAGGGCUAUGGAGAAAGAUGCUAGGAUUAUGAAGAUUUUGAUGGGUCUGCUAGGGUACUCAUGUAAAAUCCAUCGCAAAAGAGCAAGAAGCAGUGUUCGGUUUUCUUUCUCAGAAGAUGAGAAAAAUGGACAAGAACUCGAAGCAAAAGCACCUGCACAAAAUAAAUCAGAUCAAGACAAUAAUGGACACUCAAAAGAAGAACAUAAUGAUUUUACUGAAAAGACAGAGACUAGACGUGAUUCUCUUGAAGCUGCUAACGCCAAUGCUGAUAAUCACGAGACAAGGCAAACACGUUUCAGCACAGAUAGUAAAACCCAUGAUGGAGCUAGUGAUGAUGUACUUGAAUGUGACAUACACCACCAGUACUUUACUGUCGUCAUAGGGCUACUGAAGGACAUCCUAUUAGAAUCAUCUGUGGCUCCGGCAUGUGUUUCCAAGAUGCUGGCUCCUCAUGAGAAAAUGCUUGAGAAAAUUGUCAACUAUGCAAGGCGAAUAAAUACAUACCGCGAAGCUAUCCAGGACCUGAUUGAUGCCACCCUAAGCACUCCUUCUCUUCACAAGAGGCUUGUCACAGAUCAUCAUGAAUCAACACAAAAGAAUCAAAGCUGAAAGCAGUACAAGGUAAUGCCAAGAUGCUUCAACUAAGCCAAGCCUAGCGUACGCAUCCCACAUAGAAGCAUUUAGAGAAAAGUCAGAGAACCACAAUGGCCCCUCACCACAAUGGCCCCUAACCACAAUGGCCUUCCACCUACCGAGGCAAGUGGCUUGAUCUUGUUACGAACAUGGAACAUGUAGAUAUGUAAAUAGGUAUUUGAUGCUAUACACGACACUCCCCAAGCAAAGAAAUGUAUGUUAGUCAUACAACCUCUUCGAACUCCAGUUGUUUAAAAGCCUGUAAAUGGUGACCCUAGCUGAUAGUAUUUUCUUUUACGUUCCAAUUAACCUGUAAAUAGUUGUUUGUUUUACAUUUUUUAAAUACAGUUUAUUAAAACACUUUUAUAGAAAA